UAUAUGAAUAUGAUACAGGCCAACUUUUAAGAAACCUGCAAGAAAAUUCCACUCCAGCACGACGCGCAACCAAAUUCAAUUUUUUUUCGUGUUAUAUAUACCCACACAACAUCACCUAAUCCUUAAUCAAGCUUCUAAGAAAUCAAAAAUCUUCAUAAUACUAUCAGCAAUUGUUGUUUCAUAUUAUAUCACGAAGAUACAAUUAGAAACGAGAGAGAGAAAAAAAAAAUGGAGAUUAGAAUUAAAUCUCUCUACAUUCUUGCUCCCCUAGUAAUUUCUUGCAUUGUUUUGUUUGGAGCUAAAUCCCUCAAUGCUCAAGAAGUAGAGAAUGAAAGGGAGUUUGAUUAUGGGGCAAAAAGUGAGAAGGGUCCAAGAAAAUGGGGAAAGAUGAAGAAAGAAUGGGCGGCAUGCAAUAAUGGCACUUUGCAAUCUCCAAUAGAUAUGUCGAAUGAAAGAGUGAAGAUCAUUUCCAAGCCGGAAAACAGAAUUUACAAAUUUGCUAAUGCAACUGUCAAGAAUAGAGGUCAUGAUAUACAAAUUGAGUGGAUUGGUGGCGCUGGAUCACUAUUCAUCAACGGCGCCGAGUACCCUCUCCGGUAUGCCCACUGGCACUCUCCUUCAGAGCACACUAUCAACGGCAGAAGGUAUGAUAUGGAGCUGCACUUGGUGCAUCUAAACACAGAUCCAAAUGUCAAAAAUAAGAUAGCUGUCGUCGGAAUCUUAUACAAGAUUGGAACACCUGAUCAGUUUCUUUCCAAGUUAAUGGCAAAUAUAUCGUCGAUCAGUGAUAACAAGGACGGUCAGAGUGCUUUGGGAAUGGUGGACCCCAACGACAUAGAAUUUGGUAGCAAAAGAUUUUACAGAUAUUUGGGAUCACUCACCGUUCCUCCCUGUACAGAAGGAGUUAUUUGGACCCUUAAUAAAAAGGUAAAGACCGUUUCGAGGGAUCAAGUUCGGUUGAUGAGAGAAGCCGUUCAUGAUUACGCGGAGGAAAAUGCGAGGCCCUUGCAAGCACACAACAACAGGGAUUUGUACCUUUACGGGCCAGGAGCUACCAAUUGAUCCAAUUUUUUAUUUGAAUUACAAUCUAUUCUUUUAUCGAUGAUUGCUUGAAAUAUAUAUAAUAGUAAUGGUUUUAUAGUC